AUGGCAGUCCAAAAUUAUCGUGGCUUCUCGGUUCUGGUGCCCCUCGUCGGUAUCGCAUCAGGAGCUUUGAAGUUGAACAGUGCUGCGAUUUUCAUAUUCAACACCAUCGCUCUAAUACCGCUAGGAUCAUGGAUUAACCGAUCAGUUGAUGCUCUAUCCGUGGAUGGGAUGCGAGCCGUCAAUGAGUUAUUAAAGUCAACUUUGGGCAACUCCGUGGAAUUGAUGAUCGGGAUAAAUGCGAUCGCCCAGAAACGACCACAUGUCUCACAAUCUGUGAUCCUCGGCAGUGUGCUCAGCAACCUACUACUGGUACUAGGCGGCACUCUCUUCUACUCCGGAUACGACCAGAAGCGGUUGCGUUUCGAUCGUCACCUCACAACAGUCCUCUCUUCCUUAAUGAUGGUCGUCUUCAUUCUGCUCGCUAUCCCCACGAUAACGGACGUGUUCCCCUCCUCCAAAACCACCCCAGCAGACCAAAUACUCUUCACCCAGCGUGUAACAGCCGUGGUUCUGAUCGCUCUCCUCAUCACAUUCCUCUUCUUUCGCCUCAGUACCCACGCGAGCAUGUUUGCCAGCACCCCAUUCAGCCAACGGGAUCACCCCCGCAACCACCAUCAACAUCGCCAGAGUCAAAUCAUCGAUGCUCAGAUAGCCAGUCCUUAUAUUGAGAAGGGCCCUGCGACAUUGAUAUUACUUGCUGCAACUGGGUUAAGCAGUUUAAGUGGACUCGCCGCUAUUACGGGGGCAAAUCAAUCUUUCUUGGCUGUCACUCUCAUUCCCCUGCUUGGAAACUCUGUCAAAUAUGGUUCCAUUAUGACGGGAUCUAGGUCAUAUGGUCAAGUUGAGCUUGGGAUUAGGGCAGUAAUUAACACUGUCUUGCGGAUUACGAUGCUCAUUGCUCCGCUUCUGGUUCUUAUUGGUUGGGUAUUUGAGACGCCGCUUGUUCUGCAGUUUGAUGGCUUUGAGGCAACCACACUUUUGCUGAGUGUUGUUGUUAUGACCUACCUUAUUUCUGAUGGGCGAAGCAAUUACUUUGAGGGAUUGAUGCUGAUUGGAACGUAUUUUAUCAUCAUGGUCUCAUUCUUUGUCCGGCCCGAGGUUCCAGCUAAUAUAAGCUUUGUGGGGUCUUAG